AUGCUAGACAGCAAUCUCCUUGACGUGCUGGGUAACCAACCAUCCCUGCACAAAUUAUACACCCAGAUAGCAUCCAUCUACGCCGUCACCGGUCCCGAGGUCCACGGUCACAUCAUCAAUACUCUUAGAAACGGACUCGAAAGAUUAGCAGAGAGCUUUCCAUGGCUCGCAGGCCAUGUCAUCAACGAAGGGGCCAGCGAAGGUGUCACGGGCACUUACAGGAUCAUACCUACCGACAAGAUCCCGCUCGUCGUCAAGGAUUUGCGCGACGACGCCUCAGCACCAACCAUGGCCGCGAUGCGGCAAGCCAGGUUUCCCUUUCGCAUGCUGGACGAGAGCGCCAUUGCUCCAUGCAUGACCAUCAACAUGCCCGGAAUGCCCAUCGGCCUAGUUGACGACCAUGGGCCGGUUUUUGCCGUCCAGGCAAACUUCAUCCAAGGCGGCUUGGUCUUGACCAUGGUCGGACAACACAAUGCCAUGGACAUGGUCGGGCAGAACAACAUCAUCAAGUGGCUGUCACGAGCUUGCCACGGCGAUGCCUUUUCACAAGAGGAACUGGCAGUCGGCAACAUGGACAAGAGCCAAAGUGUUCAACUCCUCGACGCCUCGUGGGAGCCCGGAGCCGAGAUUGAGCAUCAGCUGCGGAAACCGCCCGUUGCAGGAUCCGAGGAGAGCACAACGUCUCCAGGCACACCUCCCAGAUUAUCUUGGAGCUACGUCAAUUUUCCCCCGGCGUCGCUGAAAGGCCUCAAAUCCGAGGCGACGGCCACCAAGCCCGCUAACUCGGCCUUUGUGUCCACCGACGACGCCGUCUGCGCAUUCAUCUGGACAUGCCUCUCCCGAGCCCGCGCAAACCGCCUCCCCGCCGAGGCAAGUACCACCUUUGCGCGGGCCAUCGAUGUACGCUCACGGCUGGGCCUACCGGCCACGUAUCCAGGGGCCCUCACCAACAUGACGUACAACCGGUCGUCGGUGGGAGCAGUGGGUGCACAGUCGCUGGGCUCCGUGGCAUCUGAUCUUCGCAAACAGCUCGACUCCAGCGUUGUAGACGUGGCAUAUAACACCCGCGCCCUCGCGACGUUUCUCAGCCGCUGCAAAGAUAAAAGCCAGGUCGUCAUCACUGUGUGUGUGGAUGCUUCGUCGGGCGUCAUGCUCAGCUCAUGGGCUGGCGUUGAUCUUUACGACCUGGACUUUAAUCUUGGGCUGGGACGGCCCGAGGCAGUGCGCCGACCGGGCUUCCUCCCUGUUGAGAGCUUGAUGUACAUUAUGCCCAAGUCUCCGCGUGGUGAGAUGGCGGUGGGCAUGUGCGUCAGGGACGAGGACUGGCAACGACUCGAGGAGGAUGAGGAAUGGAGCAAGUUUGCCGAGUUUAUCGGGUAG